AUGGCGUUAUCCAGGCCACAGUUGACAGUCAGCCAAAAGGAUGUCUUUGACGCUUCAGCUGCCAUUCAAACUUACGUUGCAGCCAUCCUUAGACAGCCAGAUAUAAAGCUCGACCAGCUGCCCGACUUGCCUAACUUCCAAAAGACAGCGAGACAACACGCUCAGAACUGGUUGGACCAAGUGUUGCCUGCCAUUAUCACAACGAAUGCUGACAUUAUCGAUUAUGCCAAUGGAUUUGCUUCGUUCUACAGGACUCUCGUGAAACUUGCUGAAAAGAUCGACACCGGAGACAAAAGUCAGCUAAAAGAAUUUACUCAGGGAUUGGUACUUCUGAGGAACAACUUAAAUCGCAAAGAUGAACAGGCCAAAUACACCGAAAUCCAGCUUCAAAACUUCAAAGCCGAAGUCUCCGUCGACCACGAGCAUUUCAACAAGGAGGCAACGAAGGUGACCAAAAAGCUUGAAGGAAGUGAUGGCGAUUUAGCAAAGAUCAGCUCACGAAUUGAUACGAUCGACGGUCAACUCCAUACUUACAUCGGAGUCAUGGCUGGAGGAGGAGUUGGCAAGGUUGGAGGAAUCGUGAUCAUUCUUGUCGGCUCAUUUGCCGAGAUCGUAACGGAAGGGCUUUCUGCAGGAUUAAUUUUGGCGGGCACUGGACUGCUCGUUGGAGGGAUUGGCUCAGAGAUCACUGGAGGAGUUGAAUAUGCUCUAGCACUCAAGGAAAGGAAAGCGCUGCAGGAAAAGCUGACCAACGACAAGCAAGGCAUUGGAAUCUUAAAACACGUCCAAAGCCUUCUGAAUGGUUUUGUCAAUCAAACAGACAGUGCAAUUCGUGCGGUGGGCGCUCUCCGAGAGGACUGGAGCCUUCUCUCAGAUGACUUAGAUAAAGUGAUCGCAGACCUUGAUAAAGAUCCAGGGCCGCUGGGUUUGGUGGCCAUGUUGAACAAAGCAAAAGGUGAUUGGGAGAACGCGUUAGAUCUCGCUCGAAGGAUGCAACCGCGUGGCAACAUGCCCGUGAAAGCAGUUGGUAAUAUGAUGGACGUGAUCCACACCGGUAAUAAGCCACAACGCGCACCCCAGACCGUCUACAGUUAUCGUGCAUGUCAGACGAAGCAGAAUUGA